AUGCUGCCCCUCGGACUCCUGACGGCAGCACAAGGCCACCCCAUGCUAGUGGAACUGAAGAACGGCGAAACUCUCAAUGGCCAUCUAGUAAACUGCGACACGUGGAUGAACCUGACGCUCAAGGAAGUCGUGCAGACGAGUCCGGAAGGAGACAGAUUCUGGAGACUCCCAGAAUGUUAUGUGAGGGGAAAUAAUAUCAAAUAUCUCCGAGUUCCAGAAGAAGUCAUCGAAUUCGCGAGAGAACAACAGCAGCAACAACAGCAACAACAUCAGCAGGGUGGUGGACAGCGUGGUAGUCGGGGUGGGCAAGCUGGUCACGGUACCGGUGGAAGGGGAGGAGGUGAUCGUGGACGAGGGGGCGGUGGACAGGGAAGGGGUGGCGGAAGAGGGCACGGUCGUGGGAGAGGAAGAGGACAGGGUUGA